GGCAACGGCAUUAUUUUUCGCCACAAGGAAGGGCAACGGCAGACGAGGGAGGGGGAAGCGGGGAAAGGAUGACUCCUAAACCCUACGCCCUGGCAUGGAAAGAAGACGCUUUCCCCCUGAACCCUUUGCUCUGCCCAAACUUCUUGAAUAGAGGAGACGAGGAAUGAUUUCUCUUGACUUCACAUCAACCGAUGGAGUACUAGCUAUAAAUCUAAUGGAGAUUUUCAAGCAUUCAAUUGGUGGAGUGUCAUAUGGAGUAGGUAUUACUGAAUUCGAAAAAGGUCAAGCACAGCGGGAAGGGAGAAUAUUGAAUGAGAUUUAUUUAUGGGAGAACUUGGCAAUGGAUGAUGUGGUGGUGAUGUCAAUGGUGUUGAGGAGAUAUAGUUGCAAGUCCAUAAUCAUUGCUGAAGAUGAGGAUGACGAGGAAGAUGUUCAUAUGGUCCCUGAUAACAUUACCGAUGCACCAAGGAAUGAACAUCCAGUUCAUCCUAUGAAUGCAUCAGCACCUCUUGUGCAUCAAGUCACUCAACAAGAUACAGGUAAAAGAAAAGUGGACUAGCGGAGGCUGGAGGGCGAUGCUACGAUGAUGU